AUGACUACUUCCAAGGAAACUUUCCUUUUUACUUCUGAAUCCGUUGGUGAAGGUCACCCAGAUAAGAUUUGUGACCAAGUCUCCGAUGCCAUUUUGGAUGCUUGUUUAGCUGUUGAUCCAUUGUCAAAAGUUGCUUGUGAAACUGCUGCCAAAACCGGUAUGAUUAUGGUUUUCGGUGAAAUUACCACUAAAGCUCAAUUGGAUUACCAAAAAAUCAUCAGAGACACCAUUAAACACAUUGGUUACGACGAUUCUGAAAAGGGUUUUGAUUACAAGACAUGUAAUGUUUUAGUUGCAAUUGAACAACAAUCUCCAGAUAUUGCUCAAGGUUUACAUUACGAAAAAGCUUUGGAAGAAUUGGGUGCUGGUGAUCAAGGUAUUAUGUUUGGUUAUGCCACCGAUGAAACCGAUGAAAAAUUGCCAUUGACCAUUUUAUUGGCCCACAAAUUGAAUGCUGCCUUGGCCUCUGCUAGAAGAUCAGGUGCCUUACCGUGGUUGAGACCUGACACAAAGAGUCAGGUAACAGUCGAGUAUACCAAGGAAGGCAACAGUAUUCGCCCAUCACGAGUGGAUACCAUUGUUAUCUCUACUCAGCACGCCGAGGAAAUUUCCACUGAAGAUUUAAGAAAAGAGAUCAUGGAACAUAUCAUCAAGAAAGUUAUUCCAGAGCAUUUAUUAGACGAUAAGACUAUCUAUCACAUUCAGCCAUCAGGCAGAUUCGUUAUUGGUGGUCCACAAGGUGAUGCUGGCUUAACCGGUAGAAAAAUUAUAGUCGAUACAUAUGGCGGUUGGGGAGCUCAUGGUGGUGGUGCUUUUUCUGGUAAAGAUUUCUCCAAGGUGGAUCGUUCUGCUGCUUAUGCUGCUCGUUGGGUAGCUAAAUCAUUGGUUACUGCUGGUUUAGCCAAACGGGCUUUGGUCCAGUUCUCCUAUGCUAUUGGUGUUGCUGAGCCAUUGUCUAUCAAUGUUGAUACUUACAACACCUCCGAAUAUACAUCGGAUCAGUUGGUUGCUAUCAUCCGUGCUAAUUUUGACUUGCGUCCUGGUGUUAUUGUUAAGGAGUUAGAUUUGGCUCGUCCUAUUUAUUUCAAAACUGCUUCUUAUGGACAUUUUACAAACCAAGAGAAUCCUUGGGAGCAACCUAAGAAAUUAAAAUUUUAA